GUUCACUUAGGAGCUGCCCGGGGGAUUUUUACGAGGGAAGAGAACGGGAGGUAGGUGGGUGGGUAGGAGGGUUAAGAAAUAGGCAUAUCUACAUAUCGGACCCUGCUUCCUUGCUCCCCCCGCUACUUCCGGGGACCGUUUUAACCCGCCAUGUCUGGAGAAGCUCCCGCCGGCGACCAGGCUGCUGAAUAUGUCCCUGAAAAAGUAAAGAAAGCUGAAAAGAAACUAGAAGAGAAUCCAUAUGACCUUGACGCUUGGAGCAUUCUCAUUCGAGAGGCACAGAAUCAACCUAUAGACAAAGCACGGAAGACCUAUGAACGCCUUGUUGCCCAGUUCCCCAGUUCUGGCAGAUUCUGGAAACUGUACAUUGAAGCUGAGAUAAAAGCAAAAAAUUAUGACAAAGUAGAAAAGCUGUUUCAACGAUGCCUUAUGAAAGUCUUACACAUUGACUUGUGGAAGUGCUACCUUUCAUAUGUGCGAGAAACAAAAGGGAAGCUACCCAGUUAUAAAGAAAAAAUGGCUCAAGCAUAUGAUUUUGCUCUAGACAAAAUUGGCAUGGAAAUAAUGUCAUAUCAGAUCUGGGUGGAUUACAUCAAUUUUUUGAAAGGCGUUGAAGCAGUAGGGUCCUACGCAGAAAACCAGAGGAUAACAGCUGUCCGCAGGGUUUAUCAGCGAGGCUGUGUGAACCCUAUGAUCAACAUUGAACAGCUAUGGCGAGAUUAUAACAAGUAUGAAGAGGGAAUCAAUAUCCACUUAGCCAAAAAAAUGAUUGAAGAUCGUAGUAGAGAUUAUAUGAAUGCUAGACGUGUUGCUAAGGAGUACGAAACUGUGAUGAAAGGUCUGGACCGUAAUGCUCCCUCUGUCCCACCACAAAAUACUCCACAAGAAGCACAGCAGGUAGACAUGUGGAAAAAAUACAUUCAGUGGGAAAAGAGUAACCCUUUGCGUACCGAAGACCAAACCCUCAUCACAAAGAGAGUGAUGUUUGCAUAUGAACAAUGCCUCUUAGUAUUGGGUCAUCAUCCUGAUAUCUGGUACGAAGCUGCACAAUAUCUUGAACAAUCCAGCAAGCUGCUAGCUGAGAAAGGAGAUAUGAACAAUGCUAAACUUUUCAGUGAUGAAGCAGCAAAUAUUUAUGAAAGAGCAAUCAGCACUUUAUUAAAAAAGAAUAUGCUUCUUUAUUUUGCAUAUGCAGAUUAUGAAGAGAGUCGUAUGAAAUAUGAGAAAGUACAUAGCAUAUAUAAUAGACUCUUGGCUAUUGAAGACAUCGAUCCCACUUUGGUUUAUAUUCAGUACAUGAAAUUUGCAAGGCGAGCAGAAGGUAUAAAAUCAGGCCGAAUGAUAUUUAAGAAAGCACGAGAAGAUACCCGCACCCGCCACCAUGUUUAUGUUACAGCUGCUCUGAUGGAAUAUUAUUGCAGCAAGGACAAGUCAGUGGCUUUUAAGAUUUUUGAGCUAGGCUUGAAGAAAUAUGGAGACAUUCCAGAAUAUGUCUUGGCAUAUAUUGAUUAUCUUUCUCAUUUGAAUGAGGAUAAUAAUACAAGAGUCUUGUUUGAACGUGUGUUGACCUCGGGGAGCCUUCCACCAGAGAAAUCUGGAGAAAUAUGGGCUCGAUUUUUAGCUUUUGAAAGCAAUAUUGGCGACUUGGCUAGCAUAUUAAAAGUUGAGAAACGAAGGUUUACAGCUUUCAAGGAAGAAUAUGAGGGCAAAGAAACAGCUUUGCUGGUAGACAGGUAUAAAUUCAUGGAUCUGUACCCUUGUUCUGCCAGUGAACUCAAAGCUCUUGGUUAUAAGGAUGUCUCUCGUGCAAAGCUAUCAACCAUAAUUCCAGAUCCUGUAGUGGCACCUUCAAUAGUACCUGUGCUAAAAGAUGAAGCAGACAGAAAGCCAGAAUAUCCAAAACCAGAUACCCAGCAAAUGAUUCCAUUCCAACCAAGACAUUUAGCACCUCCAGGUUUACAUCCAGUUCCUGGUGGUGUCUUUCCUGUUCCACCUGCUGCUGUAGUUCUAAUGAAACUUCUCCCACCUCCUGUGUGUUUUCAGGGUCCAUUUGUGCAAGUGGAUGAGCUCAUGGAGAUUGUCAGAAGAUGCAAACUUCCAGACACUGUGGAUGAAGCUGUACGGAUUAUUACGGGAGGCUUGCCUGACCUUUCAAUGGAAGGGAAUGGACCUUUGGAAAAUAAUGCCCUUCUCAAUAAAUCUGUCAAAAGACCAAACGAAGAUUCAGAUGAUGAUGAGGAAAAGGGAUCAGUGGUUCCUCCAAUUCAUGACAUUUACAGAGCACGACAACAGAAACGAAUCCGAUGAGGCACGUCGCAAAUUCAGUUGUGAAAAUCUAAAGGACUUGUAAUAUGUUGUCUUUCAACAAAUCAAAUGUUUAAAAAGAAUUGAAAGUUUCUAACAUGCAUCUUGCAACUGAGGUUGUUUUGUUACUGUGGUGCCUCUUUUUUACCAGCUGUUUUUUCAUCAGAAAAGGAAAAAGGCAGAUGAACGAGCAAAUCUGAGUUCUGGCAGCAACUACACAUUGGGACACAGACCAUGCAAAAUGUGUUUGCCAUUGUUUGGUUGGUCUUCAGAUGUAUCCUCACACACCACUUGAAUUCUUGUGGGGAUUCUGACAGUUUUAUUUUUAAAAACUGGAAAGCUUAUAAUGGGGAAAUAUUUUAAAUUCACAUUUCUGAAAAACAAACUGUUCUCACUUUGCUCAUGUAGUGUCUGUCCUGCCUUAUUCUUCAUUUUAAUUUAUGGCAGAAUGAAUGGAAGCUGUUUUGUAGUUUAAAAUAGAAAAACAAAUGUUCCUUUCAAAUAAAGGAUCUCCUUAAA